GUUGGGCCCUCUCGCGAGGCCCAGCGGAGUGGGGACAGGAGGCCGCGAACACUGUGGAGGUCGUUGGAGUCACUUGCUUGCCACCAGUUCCUUCACUUGCUGGUCCGCGCCCUGCCUUCCCCAGCCAUGCUGUCCGCCCUCGCCCGGCCUGCCGGCGCCGCUUUCCGCCGCAGCUUCAGCACCUCGGCCCAGAACAAUGCGAAAGUAGCUGUGCUUGGGGCUUCCGGAGGAAUCGGGCAGCCCCUUUCGCUUCUCCUGAAGAACAGCCCUUUGGUGAGCCGCCUGACCCUCUACGAUAUUGCUCACACACCCGGAGUGGCUGCAGAUCUGAGCCACAUUGAGACCAGAGCGACUGUGAAAGGCUACCUCGGACCUGAGCAGCUGCCAGACUGCCUGAAAGGCUGUGAUUUGGUAGUUAUUCCAGCUGGAGUCCCGAGAAAACCAGGUAUGACACGGGAUGACCUGUUCAACACCAAUGCCACAAUCGUGGCCACCCUGACUGCUGCCUGUGCCCAGCACUGCCCUGAGGCCAUGAUCUGCGUCAUCGCAAACCCGGUUAACUCCACCAUCCCCAUCACCAGUGAAGUUUUCAAGAAACAUGGAGUAUACAACCCCAAUAAGAUCUUUGGGGUGACAACCCUGGAUGUUGUCAGAGCCAACACUUUCGUCGCAGAACUGAAGAGUUUGGAUCCAGCUCGAGUCAAUGUCCCUGUCAUUGGAGGCCACGCUGGGAAGACCAUCAUCCCUUUGAUCUCUCAGUGUACCCCGAAGGUGGACUUCCCCCAGGACCAGCUGACAGCCCUCACCGGGCGCAUCCAGGAGGCCGGCACCGAGGUGGUGAAGGCUAAGGCUGGAGCAGGCUCUGCCACCCUGUCCAUGGCAUAUGCUGGAGCCCGGUUUGUCUUUUCCCUUGUGGAUGCAAUCAACGGAAAGGAAGGAGUUGUCGAAUGUUCCUUUGUUAAAUCCCAAGAAACAGACUGUCCCUAUUUCUCCACACCGUUGCUGCUAGGGAAAAAGGGCAUCGAGAAGAAUCUAGGCAUCGGCAAAGUCUCCCCUUUUGAAGAGAAGAUGAUCGCUGAGGCCAUUCCUGAGCUGAAAGCCUCUAUCAAGAAAGGAGAAGACUUUGUAAAGAACAUGAAAUAAGGGCAAUUAGUGAGCAGUCCAUUUCCUUAACUUAUUAUGGCAUCAUGUCACUGUAAAGGAAUUUCCGAUAUCUUUGUAUUUCAAUUUGCUUUGAUGAUGAGUAUUGUAUUAACUUGACCAUCCCUUCCAAAUCGUGGGUCUACUGAUGCAUCAAUAAAAGUGGGUUUUGAUUUUCUUUUUCAAGGUAUCUUUCAUAAAUACUGUGCUUUCGGCCCCAUUGGAGCUGACUGCAGAGUGUCUGGCAUCUCAUCACAAAUCAGAACUAGAUGUUAUUUAAAUAUUAGACUGAAGCAAGAUGGUUUUGCCAGUAGCUUUAAGAAAGCCUAGCAUACCAGUCGCUGCUCCUGCCAGCCCUCCUCUUUGCACCACUGCGUCCCUCAGCGUGUAAACUGAGAAGGGUCAGCUCAGUGGCUGGGGCCAGGCCAUUGCUUUCUGUCCCUAUUUCUGUGUGGUGGUUUCCAGCUAAGCAAACAGUACCAUUUUCUACAUUGGGGCUGUGUUGGCUGACCACUGUCCCACUCUGGAUUUUGUCCUCUUCUGUUGGAGCCAUGUGACUGUGACAUCCCAUAGUCAGUGUUGUGAGGAAAGUUGGGGUGGGGGCAGGGACGACCAAACCACCAGCUGUGGUGGCAGGACCAAAGACACAGUGCUGUCUGUCCUGAGGGAAAGGCGGCUCUGCGUCUGUCUUCCUCAGUGACCUGGAAGAGACUUUGUUGUAUAGGCUGGGCUUAGGACAAAUGUGGGGCAUUAAAAGGGGACCUGAUUCCCUUCAGUGCUGGGUGCCAUCGGCCCCCCAGAGCCAUGGCCCCUGAAGUGGAAAUGGCUCCAUGGCUGAGAGAGCUUUGGUAAUGGGCAGUGUCCGUCCACUGAAGGGUGAAGGGGCAGGCAGGGGUGCGGCUGUGCCCAGUGGAACUCAAACAUGGGUUUUAUAAUCAAGAGUGAUGUCGUUUUGUUAAACAGUAAUACAUGUUCAUUGUUUGAAACCUAGAAUGUAGCCAAAAAAUAAAGCAGGAAGUAGUCACCAGUAA